CUUGCUCCAAUCUGGGGCUGCUGGGAACUGGUGUUGUGGGAACAGCACUAGAGAACCCUUCAAGGUUAUCUGUGCGCAAAUACAGGUUCUGGAUUUAAACCCAGAGGACAGACACACACACACCCAGUAAAAGGUGUAUUUGAGAGACCAGUUUUGUUUUGACGGGAACUAAAGCAACAUCUGCCUCGUUGUCUGUCCAGACAAAACAGAGGUUGGCUUGCAGCGUUGAGUGCUGUGGUUGUAUAAAGGACUACAAUGCAUCGUUUAAGGACUUGUGCUACAAGGCUGCGGCCAAUCACAUCCUCUCAGACUGCUCAGAGCUUAUCAAAGCAGAGGCCAGCAGCUCUCAACAGGACACUACAGUCAAUCAGGCGCUACACUGCACCUGGGGCUGCUGAACCAUUUCUGAAUGGAACAAGUUCAAACUAUGUGGAGGAAAUGUACUAUGCAUGGCUUGAGAAUCCCAAGAGUGUUCAUAAGUCUUGGGAUAUUUUUUUCAGGAAUGCUAAUGCAGGGGCUCCUCCUGGCACAGCUUACCAAAGUCCCCCCCCACUGGGCACCAGCCUGGCAAGCCUCACACAGGCCCAGUCUCUCGUUGGGGCACAACCAAAUGUGGAAAAACUGGUGGAGGAUCACUUGGCAGUGCAGUCUCUCAUCCGCGCAUACCAGAUUCGAGGGCAUCAUGUUGCUCAGCUGGAUCCCUUGGGAAUAAUGGACGCCGAUCUGGACUCUAGCGUUCCAUCUGACAUUAUCACAUCUUCUGACAAACUGGACAUGAGAAUUGUCAAGGAGCGACUCAGUGUUCUAACUGUUGGAGAAUCUGAUUGUGUCUCCUAUGUUAGGGACUGUGUGGAACAGGGCUUUUAUGGUCUAGAUGAAUCCGACUUAGAUAAAGUGUUCCGCCUACCGACCACAACCUUUAUUGGUGGGGAUGAGAGUGCAUUGCCCCUCCGAGAGAUCAUCAGACGGUUGGAGGAGUCUUACUGCCAGCACAUUGGUGUUGAAUUCAUGUUCAUCAAUGACCUGGACCAGUGUCAGUGGAUUCGACAGAAGUUUGAGAAACCUGGUAUCAUGCACUUCACCAUAGAAGAGAAGAGAACCCUCCUGGCUCGAACGAUUCGAUCCACCCGGUUUGAGGAGUUCUUGCAAAGGAAAUGGUCAUCUGAGAAGCGUUUUGGCCUGGAGGGCUGUGAAUCACUCAUCCCGGCACUCAAAACCAUAAUUGAUAAGUCCAGUGAGAAAGGAGUGGAGAAUGUCAUUAUGGGAAUGCCUCACAGGGGUCGCCUGAAUGUCCUGGCCAAUGUCAUUCGCAAAGAGUUAGAGCAGAUCUUCUGCCAGUUUGACUCUAAGUUGGAGGCUGCAGAUGAGGGCUCUGGUGAUGUGAAGUAUCACCUUGGUAUGUACCACAGAAGAAUAAAUCGUGUGACUGACCGAAACAUCACACUGUCUUUGGUUGCUAACCCAUCUCAUCUGGAAGCCGUCAAUCCAGUGGUUCAGGGCAAGACUAAGGCUGAGCAGUUCUACUGUGGAGACACAGACGGCAACAGGGUCAUGUCAAUCCUGUUGCACGGGGAUGCAGCCUUUGCUGGUCAGGGUAUUGUUUAUGAGACGUUCCACUUGAGUGACCUGCCGUCAUACUCUACACAUGGCACUGUGCAUGUUGUUGCUAACAACCAGAUUGGCUUCACCACCGACCCUCGAAUGGCGCGCUCCUCUCCCUAUCCCACUGAUGUUGCACGCGUAGUCAAUGCACCCAUCUUUCAUGUGAACGCAGAUGACCCUGAGGCUGUGAUGUAUGUGUGUAAUGUUGCUGCAGAAUGGAGGGCCACCUUUCAUAAGGAUGUAGUGGUGGAUUUGGUGUGUUACAGGAGGAACGGCCAUAAUGAAAUGGAUGAGCCCAUGUUCACUCAGCCACUCAUGUAUAAGCAGAUCAAGAAGCAGAAGGGUGUAAUGCAGAAAUAUGCUGAAAAGCUCAUUGCUGAGGGCUCAGUAACCAGACAGGAAUAUGAGGAGGAGAUUGCUAAGUAUGAUAAGGUUUGUGAGGAAGCACAUGCACGCUCAAAAGAUGAGAAAAUCCUCCACAUUAAGCACUGGCUUGACUCCCCCUGGCCUGGUUUCUUCACUCUGGACGGCCAGCCCAAGAGCAUGAGCUGUCCCUCUACUGGUCUGAGCGAGGAAGAGCUGACCCAUAUCGGACAGGUGGCAUCAUCUGUACCUGUAGAAGACUUCACUAUUCAUGGAGGGCUAAGUCGUAUCUUGAAGGGUAGAGGUGAGAUGAUUCGUAACCGCACAGUUGACUGGGCUCUGGGAGAGUAUAUGGCUUUUGGCUCUCUGCUGAAAGAGGGCAUUCAUGUGAGGCUCAGUGGCCAAGAUGUGGAGAGAGGCACCUUCAGCCACCGUCACCAUGUUCUUCACGACCAAAACGUGGACAAGAGAAUCUGCAUCCCCAUGAAUCACGUAGACGCCAACCAAGCACCAUACACCGUCUGCAACAGUUCUCUGUCUGAGUAUGGAGUGUUAGGCUUUGAGCUUGGCUUUGCUAUGGCAAGUCCAAAUGCCCUGGUCUUGUGGGAGGCCCAGUUCGGUGACUUCCACAACACUGCACAAUGCAUCAUUGAUCAGUUUAUCUGUCCUGGGCAGGCCAAAUGGGUUCGUCAGAAUGGCAUUGUAUUGCUGCUGCCACAUGGUAUGGAGGGCAUGGGACCGGAACAUUCUUCAGCCCGCCCUGAACGUUUCCUUCAAAUGUGUAAUGAUGACCCUGAUGUUUUUCCGGAAAUCACUGAGGACUUUGCUGUGCACCAGCUGUAUGACUGCAACUGGAUUGUGGUGAACUGCUCAAAUCCAGGAAAUUAUUUCCAUGUUCUGAGGAGACAGAUCUUGCAGCCAUUUAGAAAGCCUCUCAUUGUAUUCACUCCAAAGUCUCUUCUGCGCCAUCCUGAAGCCAAGUCCAACUUUGAUGAGAUGCUUUCAGGUACUCAUUUCCAACGACUGAUCCCAGAGGCUGGGCCUGCAGCACAAAACCCAGCAGAUGUAAAGCGUAUAAUCUUCUGCACAGGCAAGAUUUACUAUGAGCUGAACCGUGAACGCAAGGCAAAAGGCAUGGAAAACACUGCUGCCAUUGUUCGCAUCGAGCAGCUCUCUCCAUUCCCCUUUGACUUGGUGAAGAGUGAGACAGAGAAGUACCCAAAUGCUGACCUUGUGUGGUGCCAGGAGGAGCACAAGAACCAGGGCUACUACGACUAUGUGAAACCCCGCAUGCGCACCACCAUAGAGCGCAUCAAACCUGUCUGGUAUGCUGGACGUGGACCAGCUGCAGCACCAGCCACUGGAAAUAAGAAAGCCCACCUGCUAGAGUUGACUCGCCUCCUGAAUACUGCCUUUGACUUGGACGCCUUCAAAGAACAUGAGUAACAAACUGCAAAUUGUCACAACCCUGCAGAUUACUGUGUCCGUAUUUAACCUCAAAACAGUGUAGACCCUAUCUCUGAUAAGUCAGGCGUUCCUCACAUGCCCUGUCUCUUUUUUGUGUGGUCAUUCAGUCUCUUUUCAUAUCCACCCAGUUCCCUUAAAAAUGAACCCGAACAAUCAUGACUCAGAACCCCAAGCUCAAAAUGUUUGUUGAGUUGAUGUCUGCAUCCCCUUUUAUGGAUGAAGUAAUGUUGAAUCUACUGUGCUACGCCGUUAUUACGUCCUCAGGAGUAAUUGUAUUGAUGACGAGGUUUAUAUUUUACCCCAGGUUUGAACAUGAUUUUACUUCUCUAAAAUCCACAAACUAAUGCCCUUAUGUUCUGUACUUUCAAUCUCUCUCUGGCUGCCAGUUCUACAUCACCACUUUGUGGCAACACAAGGCUUUAAAUUAUUUUGUGCUGUGAUGUAUUUCCUUUCUUUCCUUUUGAUUGUAUUAGCUUCAAUAUGAGUGUACCAGUAACUGUUUAAGAACACAGAGUAAGGGAAGUAUGAUCAAUUUCCAGAGAUGUAUUGAUUCAGAAUGGAGCAGUGCAUCAGCAUCUAAAAGAGGUAAACCUUUACUUAUCACACAGGGAGUUAGUUUGUAAUUUGGAAUAAGGGUAAUGGGCAUAUGGGUGGGCACAUAUUCCUGGGGUCAUAAUUAUAGAUUUGCCAUAAGAAUUAUGUGUAUGCUAAAUGUAGGGGUUCUAUAUUGCGUUUGUGGCCUUGAUCUCUGUUUUCUGCUAUAGAAGAUAAACUCGGAUCACUAUUGAUGGGCAUACUGAAAAGCAUGUGCUCAACGCAUGUGCACUUACAGCAGUAUGAUGGAAUUGCAAUUUUGUAAGGUGCACCUGAUCUUGGUUAGUUUUAUGCUCACUUCACUCCACUCCGGUGCCAAACGUUUGAAGGGGUAUGAAUUAUAAUUCAAGAUUCUACAGAGGAAAUCAUGUCAUUUUAGCUCGACACUUAACUAGAGAAAAUUCUGUGGAGAGAGUAGAUGAUUUAUUUAUUUUCGUAAGGAAUAUUUUAAUUCUUUCCAUGUUAUGUUGCUUUAUUGAAUAAAGACAUUAUCUUCUCACCCUC